GGUCACCGGAAUAUGAAGGCAGCCAUGUUGGCUGCUGCCUGAGCGAACGUCACGGAACAGGGGGGAGAGAGAAAGGGAAAGGCCGGAGCGGGACGGCAGAGGCAAUCCACCUUCAUCCGCUGCCCCAACUCGCUCGGAGAGUGGUGGGCACUGCACAACUACCAUCAUGAGUGGGGGUACUCCUUACAUCGGUAGUAAGAUCAGCCUGAUCUCCAAGGCAGAGAUCCGAUAUGAGGGGAUUUUGUACACCAUCGACACCGAGAACUCGACCGUCGCUUUAGCCAAAGUUCGCUCUUUCGGAACAGAGGAUAGGCCUACGGACAGGCCAAUACCACCUCGCGAUGAAGUAUUCGAGUACAUCAUAUUCCGGGGCAGUGAUAUCAAAGAUCUCACUGUGUGUGAGCCACCAAAGCCUCAGUGUUCUCUGCCUCAGGAUCCUGCUAUUGUUCAGUCUUCACUUGGCUCAUCCUCAAGCUCUUCUUUCCAAUCUGUGGGUUCCUAUCCACCGUUCAGCAGAAUGCCAGCAUAUAGCCAGUUUGGGCCAAGCCCGCUAGUGACGCAGCAAUACAAUGCAGUUGGUGUUGGAGGUCCCUCAUCAUCUUUCAACAGCAACAAAACCAGCUUCGCAUCACUUACACAGACCAGCUCACUGGCUUCAACCGUCAAACCUGAUACAGGUUCACUGAAAUUGCAGUUAGCUUUUCAGGGCCGAUCAAGCCCAAAACUGGAUUCAAUGAGGAAAAGUCCAACAAUGGAACAAGCAGUGCAGACAAAUACUUCUCAGGGCCCUGUGGGCAGGAGAAGUCCUGUACUAGCCAGACCUCUGCCAUCAGUUCACCAUCACAAACCAACAGAUUCUCAUGAUGCAAGAAAAGUUUUUGAAUCUCAGAAAGUUCUACGGCCAGAAAGUGAUCACUUCAAGAAUGAAAAUCGGGAACCAAACAGGAGGCCAUCAGGGGGUCAGGCUGUCAGGCGAGGCCGUGGUGGGAGCCGAGGGAGGGGAAGAUUCACUGUAAGAAGAGACGGCCCAAUGAAGUUCGAGAAAGACUUCGACUUUGAGAGUGCGAAUGCACAGUUCAACAAAGAGGAGAUUGAUAGAGAGUUCCAGAAUAAGCUGAAAUUGAAAGAUGAUAAACAGCCUGAUAAAACAGAGAAGGCUGUAAAUGGUGAAGAUAAAGGUGACUCAGGGAUUGAAACACAAAACAGUGAAGGAAAUGCUGACGAAGAUGAUACUUCAGGACCGAAAUGUUAUUACGACAAAACCAAAUCCUUUUUUGAUAACAUUUCCUGUGAUAAUGAAACCAGCUAUUUUUCUUCCAGAGAUCGGAGACCCACUUGGGCUGAGGAGAGGCGGAUAAAUGCAGAAACAUUUGGAAUACCACUGCGUCCGACACGUGGCCGCGGGGGCUUCAGAGGACGAGGAGGUUAUGGAUAUCGGGGAGCACGGGGCCGUGGAGGAAGAGGGAACUAUGGGCCUCCCCGUGGUGGCUAUCGUGGAGGAUUCAGAGGAGGGCGUGGAGGAGGCAGAGAGUUCUCAGACUUUGAAUACAGGAAGGACAAUAAAGUUGCUGCAUAGUAUGCAAGCUGGAUUUCCCAGAAAAAGGACUUUAGAUCUACGCAGUCCCGAGAAUUUGUUUAGUUUCAAACUUAUUUUUGACAGCAAAAGUGAAGAAAUUAAUUUGCUGUACACCUGUCACCAGCACUGGUAUUUAUGUGCUUGACAUCAAAAGGGGGAACACGCAAUAUCUUGUUGUGCAGAAGGUUCGUCUUUACAAUGUUGAGCAUUAAAUAUUCGUCUUUGAAAUAGCAGAAGGAAAUUUCUAAAUGUAUAGAUACGACUAGUAUGUUGGAGCUUUCCAGUAUUUUUGCAUUGAUAACGAGAGUGAUUUCUUAUUACUGAAAAUGUUUGAUAAAAAUGCUGUCAGUUGCAAGAAAUACUGUAUGCAGCUGACCGUCUACUGUGAUUGCAGUCUGACUGAUACUUUACAGGAAACUACAUUGAAAGCUAUUCAGAUUUAUUUUUUCCAUGGAAUGAUAAAACUUAGCUUUAAUCUGCGUAGGACAAAACGUAAUACUUAAUGCGCGCUGGACUUUUUUUAUUGAGAAAAAAUGGGAACAGAACAUCUUUCAUGACACAAGACCCCCAGAGGUGCGCCUCCUGAGUUACAAAACUUUCUGGUGUCUGUCAACUGUUCUUCAUUGUUUUAUGAAACAGAAUUUUUUCAUUUCGAACAAAACAAGUUAAAUUUGUAGCCUUUUUAAAUUGAGUAAAUUUAGCUCUGAAAUAUACAAAGCAAAAAGGGAUCCAAAGAGAGAGAAUUUUUGAAUUUAUAUAGCCAUGUGAAACUAACUUUGAACUUCUCCAUUGAUAUGUAAUAUAUAGUGUAUAGUUCAUACCUUCAUAAGGUCUUACCCAUAAAAUAGAGCUUAAUCAUAUGAAAUUAAUUUUUUUGUCACUGUCAUUUUUCAUUUUCCAUCUGUUCUUUCUACACUUAUCACAAUAAUAAAGUAACUAUACACUAAAUAUUAUUGAAAAACUACAUAAUGUCAGUGAGUUUGAGGAUGUAAUUCAGCCACUUAGGUCUUUGCUCUAUUGUUUCAUAAUAUCCAAGUUGCUUGAUCUGAAUUACACUCUUAUUACUUGCUGUGGAUCUGAUCUAUUUACUUGAAAUAAAUUACUUUGGACGGGUUGGGGGGCAGGUUUGGGGGGAGGACGGUGGCACAUUUGGAUAUUUGGCUUGAACUGAUAACCCCAGGUAAACACAGGAGAACUAACUCCAGGCCUGUCUUAUGAAGACAAUGCCCCUCCCUCUGAGUAUAAUGCUUUGGAAUAGUGUUAGAAAGGUUUGUGUUUUGCAGAGAGUGGGGUGGAAGCAAUAUGAUUUUUGAGGGUCUCAGAUGUGAGGGAAUACCCUUCUCUUUACAGGCUACAGAACUCCCAUCAGAGAAAAGUCAGCUAAAACAUAACCCAUCUAAGACUGCACUAUAACCAUUUUAGAUUUGGUGAGGUACAACCUUGAUCAAGUGUCAUUGACUUGCCAUCAGAACAACACUUGCAAACAAACCGCAGCAAAUUACAUUUAGCAGCAGCUCAUUGAGUUCACUUUUCCGAUUCUGACAAGCCAUUUUCUUUUCAAGGAUUAGUUCCAAAUACAGUUGUGGGAUUUGAGUAGGUGCAAACUACUUUGACCAGUGAUUGCUUGGUAAAAUGCUGUGACAAUCCAAGCAGAGGCAGCCGAUUGGUGAUUAUACAUGACAGUUGUCAAUAUCUCUUCAUUGGUUGAGUCUCCCUUGCUGUGUUCUAAAUUAAACAAAACGCUUCAUAUGUUAUGAAGAUAUAACAUUUCAGCACUUUUUCUCCCACUUCGAAUGUUAACCACGUGCUGCUGUUGACUUGAACUAGAGAAUUACAGCAUAGUAUAUUUUGUUUUCCCCACUGAUUUAACAUGAGUUUUUUUUGCAAUAAUGAGAAAUAAAAGGUUGUCAGAAAAUUCAGCUGCUUGGUGUUAUAUUUCAAGGGACUGAAUCUCUGUAGGCAGAAUCAAAUGAAAGUUUGAACAGCUUUGGGGCUGAGUCAGAGAGUCACAGUCUGACAGCUGGAAACAGACCCUUUGGUUAAACCAGUCCACUCUAACCAUGUUCCCAAACUAAAUUAGUCUCACCUACCUGCACUUGGCCCAUAUCCCUCCAAACACUUCUAUUCAUAAAUUCAUCAAAAUAUUUUUUAAAUGCUGUAACUGUGUACCUGCAUCCACCACUUUCUGUCUGUUCAUUCCACGUGAACCAAUUUCUGUGUAAAAACAAAAAGUUGCCUCUCGUCCUUUUUAAUUUUUUCUCCUCUCACCUUAAAAAUAUGAACUCCCCUACCCUCGGGAGUAGAGCUUCGACAUUCACCUUAUCUAUGCCCCUCAUGAAUUAGGGUAAGGAAUAUAUGAAGUCUUGAAUUCAUCUGUAAUGAAAGGCUCUGAUUAGGGAGUGGCAAUGAAAGUGCAUCUGGUUGGAGCAUGAUGUGCCCUGCCUCCAAAGUCUCACUGUUCAGUUAUUCUCACUGGAUUGAAUCACUGAAGAUGGUACUUAGGUGUGAGGUGGGCGAGAAUUCCUGAUUACCCACUCUGCUGGGUUUGACAUGCUCGUGCCUAUCAGGUGAAGAGUUGAAACUUUCACACCACAACAUUUACAUGUGUAAUUAGACCAAUGAGCUGCGCCUGGUAGACAAGAAGAGGGUGUUCUGGUCAUGGAAAAUGAUCACGUUUCUACAGUUCGUCUGGGAGACCUCCUGCUAAUAUUAUGUUGUUCUGAUUUAUGAAGUGAGGUUUGACAUUGGUUGUCUGAUGUUUGUGAUAAAGGGAUGGAAUAUUUGGCCCUAUAUUGUCCCCAUUUCCCUCCCCCCCCCCUCUGAUUUGUGAGUCUUGCCAAAUAUAAAGUACCGAUAUACAUUACAUAUUUUUUUCCCAAAUGUGUAAAAACCAAAUAUGUAUGUGGGUAUAUGUGAUGAUAAUAAAUAAAAUCAAACUAGUGCAGACAGCAUUUGCUGAUUUCCAUGCCUUCGAAACCAGUAACACCAAUCCAGUGUGAACACAUUUUGGGAGAAUUAGAUGAUACAGUGAGUUGCGCUUUUUCAAUUUUUCAAGGUUUGGGUACAAAACCAAAUCCCAAGCUUAUGACUGGAAUAACAGACUGCUGUUUGGGAACACUGCAUUUGAAAAUCUAAGUUUAGGUGAUACCUCCUCAUUCCUGGAGGUGAUGUUCUCAUUGCCCCAGUGGUAGUCUCAAUUGAGAUGCUGGAUGUGAAAAUGGAUAAAGAGCACGUUGAUAUAUAGGUGACCAAUGUAAGACUAAAGAUCACGUAGAGGGUGCACUUAGAUAGCAUUGAACUGAAUGUUUAGGAAUUCUCAGAAUAAUAGCUUGGUUGAUCAAAACUUUAAAAAUUUUGCUGAAGAAUGACACAAAAUCAAUUUUGUUAUUCUUAAAAUAGAAAAUUCAAUAUUUAAAUACGUUUUCAUUUCAUUGCAUUUCAUUCAGUUAAAACAAACUUCAGCUGGGACUCCCGUUGUAACUGUGUUGGACCUUGAUCAUUGACUUAUCUUUGGAGUGUUUAGUUUGGUUUUUCAGUUUUCUUUUGCUUGAUCCCAUUUCCCCUCUGCUUCCAAAGCUCAAAUUACUUGUAGAUAGAGUAUUUUUAAAUCUUAUUUAUGGUGGUGAUAAAGUGAUAUAGUGAUGCUCUUUGCUCCUAGCAUUUUGACUUUGAUUUUCUUAGGUUUGUAAUUGUUCUUCAUUCUUUUUCUCAGCUCUGAACAAGGAAGUAGGUCUGCAACAUAUUUAAUCUGGGAUCAAGUUUGGCAUUAUUUCAGUGUGUAUUUGGUUCAUUAUGUGCUUUCACUUAGAUUGUAAAAUGUGCUCACAAAUGUAAUGUAGACAGGCAGGAUGCCAGAAGAACACAGAGAGCCAGCUAGCAUCAGGAAGUAGAGAAGUCAAUGUUUCUGGUAUAACCCUUCUUCUGGACUGGGAGUGAGUGUAGGGGGUGGUGGGGACAGGAGAUGGUCAAGUGGGGAUAGCCCCUGCCACCCCCUUUACCUGCAGCCCCCACAUCCACUCUCAGCCGUGAAGAAGGGUUACACCUGAAACGUCAACUUCCCCACUUCCUGAUGCUGCCUGCCUUGCUGUGUUCUUUCAGCCUCCUACCUGUCUACUUUGGAUUCUAGCAAAGCAGUUUUUUUGUCACAUUUUUUGAUUUUGUUGUGAGAUUUUUAAAACUGGAAGCUAUUAACCAAAUGCCCAAACAGUGAUCACAUUCUGAUACUCUAUUGAAGUUCUGUAUCCUGUGAUGAUUCAUUCAUGAAAAUUGGGUUUAAAUUUUUUACCAUAUUAAGACUUUUGUAAGUCGCAGAAUGGAUUAAUUUAUUGUUGGAUGGUGUCUACAACACACAGGUACAGGCAUGAGAAAUUAAUUUUAAGAAUACUCAGAAUUUGGAUGUGAAAUUCUGGAUAAGACCAUAAGACAUAGGAGUGGAAGUAAGGCCAUUCGGCCCAUCGAGUCCACUCCGCCAUACAAUCAUGGCUGAUGGGCAUUUCAACUCCACUUACCCGCAUUCUCCCUGUAGCCCUUAAUUCUUGGAUAUUUCUUCACUUUUAGAAUUCUAAGAAACUUUUUAAUAUUCACAUCUGCUGUUUGGAUUCAGUUACAAGUAUAUUACCCUAUUUCUUUUUCCUGGUGUAAUACUUUUGAGGUAUUUUGUCUCUUGUCCAAAUAAAAUUUUAAGCGUAACUUUAAAAGGCUUUUAUAGUGCAAGAGGUUUUACUUGUACAUUCAUUGGCUAGAGUCUGUAGGGUUAGCCAUGUAGAUUUUCACGUUUGAAUUGGAAAUUAAGCUAAAAUGUAUUUUAAACUAAACUGUGCAGCUCAAUAUAAAUCUGUUGUUGAGGGCAAAUAUAUUUCAUUGUCAUUGGCAAGUAAAUUCCAUUGAAAUAUGUUGUAACACUCAUAGUUCAAGGAAAAACUGAACAUGAGUCUCUCACAUCCACCUCCCCCAACCACCUAUUCACAGUAGAAGCAAACAAAUCCUAAAUCACGUAAGUUUUAAAAACUAGCAAAUAGGCUUGAAGACAAUUCAGCAAGGGGAGACUGAUUAAUGAAAUAUCCUGUGGAACAUGACUCUGGAAGGUCUGGAGGGGUUGCUGGGAGACUGGCAGUUUCCUUCGAUGCAAAGCGAGCCACUAUUGAUGGAGGUGAUCGUCAAUGCAAAAAGAUGGUCAAUGAGUUUGCUUUAAUAUUGAUUUUUUAAAAUUAUUUUUAUUGUUUUAACUUUAGGGAAAAAUGCAUGUGGAGUUUGCAUUGAAGGUGAACAAUUAAGGAUUGUUUGGGUGCAGGAUCUUCACUGAAAUGUGUUAACUUUACAAAGUUUUAAUUUUGAGUUUCAAUGAAGAAGCCCCAGAUCAGUGUAAAAAUCCCAUGACAGCAGCAAUGACAGAUAGCAUUCAAAUACAUGGAAUGGAAAGUAUGAAAGUAGUUACACAUUGUCUAAUUUUUACGGUGCUUUUUUUUUUCCUGGAAUGGUCCCCACAAGCCUUACUGAUCUCAAGAUGGAAAAUCAACCCACAAUGUAUAUAAGAAUCUGAGUGCUAAAAAGCCUUCUCACAUUGGUGCACGUUUGUGGGUUGAAGUUAGGAUUGAGUAAAUGAAUCUCGUUCAAGUGGCAAGUAAAGUAGAGUUAAAAUUGUGUUUUAUUUUUAAAAACCGACUUGAAUUUUUAAAAUAUCUAUAUAUUAUAGCCGUCUGUUCAAUUUUUUUUUGAAGUGCUACUGGACGCUGAGACGCUUAAGCACUACUAAUGGAAAAAGACUACUAUACCUGUGGCUGAAUUUUAUAAUUCCUCCAUUAUCAAUGCUUUGGGCUUCCUUUCUGAUGACCUUUAGUUGUUACUUGUAACUAGACCAACAUCUUUUGGGAGAAGAGUGGCAGAAGAGAGUUUCUCAUUUGCUUGGCCAUCAGUUUUUAGUAACUUCUAUUCUGAUUGGGUAUUGAAGUUCCAUCAGAGAAGACAAAGCGCGCUUGAAGUUCUGAGUCAAAUAGGGCUUCUAGCUACACUUCUAUUGCACAGGUAGUGAAUCAUUUAGCCAAAAAUUAACAUGCUAUUCUGUGCUCUCAGUGGCCCCUGGGAGGAAGAUCCAUUUGAGAAAUGGAAACUAGAUACUGGAAUUUUUUUGAGGAGACAGGGAAGAAGAAAUUUUGAUAGAUUUGGAGGUGUUUGUAAAUUUCAUGCAGUGGUUAUAGAGAGGUACCAAACCAAUUUUUUAAACAAUUAUGUAUAAGUUCAAAUCUAAGGCAUGAUCAAGUAGUAAUAUUUAAUUUCAUGUAUUGUUCUGCCACAACAGAGGUUACAGUGUUGUGUUUUGGUAGCAAGGUUGCAAAUUUUUGUGUAUGCACUUGCUUAUGAAACAUGAGUACCGUUUCAGAUCCAUCUCAUUUACCCUGCAACCACCCCACUUCCAAGCUCCACUCCUGGCCAGGCCCAGUUGUGAUAGAAAUAAAUCUGGAUGCUUGGAUUUUUCAGGUUUUUUUUUUAGAAAUGGAAAUUAGUGAACAAAUUUUGACCGAAAAGCAUUGAUGAAAGCUCAUAAGGAUUUUUGGUGAAUUGUACCUGUGUAUCUAUGUAUGUAUUUCAAACAUCUUAUUAAUAAAAAGAAACUGAACAAUAA